AUGGAUGAAGAAAAUUUGAUUCAAGUAUUUGAGAAUGGAACGGAAGAGGAUCUUUGUCGAUCACUCAAGGAAUUUAACACGAAAAAUGCUUCAACAUUUGCUUUUCCUGAUAUGACUGAAGAAUUCAGGAAGAAAAUGAUUGGAGCUCUUCUUAAAAAACUGAAAGAGAAGGCUUCUUCCAGCUGUUAUAUCCAGUGUUUGUCUACAGUGCGUAUAUUUAGCCGUGAUAAGAAUAACCUGGACAUGUUGGUGACAGAUGAUAAUUUGAAGCUUCUCAUGAAGCAUGCUUGGUUGCAGCAUUUUGCCAAGGAAAGCAACGAGAUUGCAACUAUUCAAGAUGGUGAUACAGAUGUUAUUGUUGAAGCUCAGAAGUGCUUAAGCAAUUUGAUUUAUAACAGUCAAAAUGCACAGAGAAGUUGCAGUAUGAAUGGCUGUGUUGAAGGAAUUGUACAGAGACUUAAAACAUAUAAGGAUCCAGAACUUAAGUAUGAAAUCAAAUUUUUUGACAUGCGAAUGCUCUUCUUAUUAACUGCACUUGUUUCUGAGAUCAGACCAAGGAUUCAUUCAGAAUUGCAUGGGUUCAGCUACUUAAUGGAAGUGAUUGAUCUCUCAUUACGUGAUGCUGAAGAACGACAAACUGGUUUAACAGACCAGGAAGUUGAUUUGUGCUGUGAAAUACUCAAGAUACUUUUCAAUUUGACAAUGUCUUUAAAGAAAAAAUCUCUUGAUGAGGAAGAAGAUGGUCACUUGAUGCGUUUAGUCAGUGUUCUUCGUGAGUUGCUUAUCUGCAAGACAGAAUCAAAAGAUCGGAAAGAAGAAUUAGUUAGCCAUACUGUGAACCUUCUAACCAACAUGCCAGUUGAUAGUUUUGAACAGCUUCUCACCCCCAUUAAUGAAAGUGGAGCUGAUUCCAUAGACAAUAAGGAUAUAGAAUAUGAUGGCAAAAACAUGGAGAGUAUUGUUGUACUGUUGAAUUUUUUGCACCAUCGAUUGGAAAGGCCAUUUAGUAACUUGAAGGAAAACCUUGCUCCAAUUCUACAUUGUUUGUGUGAAGCCUGCCGUAACAACCGAUCUAUCCGGAAAUUUUGUCGCCUGAAGGUUUUGCCACAUAUGCGUGAUGAAGUGAAAGCUCUUCCUGAAGAAGGAGAUACUUUAAGAAACAGACUUUGCCGAUUACUAACUAACCCAAGCCCUCAUGUUAAGGAGUUGGUGCCAGAUUUCUUGUUCACAUUGUGUAAAGAAAAUGUUGAUCGCAUGGUGAAAUAUACUGGAUAUGGUAAUUGUGCUGGCUUGCUUGCUGACCGAGGCCUAUUACUUGGUGGUCGUGGGAAGAUAGCCAACUAUUCCAGUGAAUCUGAAGACUCUGAAACAGAGGAAUAUUCUGAAUUAAAAUCCAUGAUAAAUCCAGUAACAGGACGUUGGGAAGAACAGCGGCCUGAUCCAAUGGAAAAUAUGAGUGAAGAGCAAAAAGAAUAUGAAGCCAUGAAAGUUGUUCAAAUGAUGGACAAACUCCAUCAGCGUGGUGUUAUUCAACCUGCAUAUAUGGGUGAAGACGGACGACCGAUUCCAGUUUCACACAUCUUAGAAUUGACAGAUAAAAUCAAACUUCCUUCUCAGGAAAAUUCUGACUCUGAUUAA